GAAAAGGGGAAAAAGAGCCCAGGCUGAGAUUAGGUGUUGCUGGGCACAAAGGAGGAAAUAAAAUCGACAAUGACACCAAACAAGAGUCCAGACACCUCCCUGAUCGACCUGGCUGUGAAGAUGAGGAAGCAGGCUGAGAGCAGGAAGGUGGUGCUGGCCUGGGGACUGCUCAAUAUAUCUGUAGCAGGCAUGAUCUACACUGAAAUGACUGGGAAACUCCUAAGCACAUAUUACAACAUCAGCUGCUUUCCACUCUGGUACAUUGAAUUUGCCCUGGCAGCCCUGUUCAGCCUCAAUGCCCUGUUUGAUUUCUGGAGAUACUUCACCUACACAGCAGCACCAACCAGCCUGGUCACGAGUCCCAGCCAGCAGAUCAUGGGCUGGCUGCGCAGGACAGCUGUGCAGAUCACCCCUCCAAGGGAGCCAGCAGCCAAGAGAGUGCUGUCCCUGACCCCCUCCCCACCCAUCCAGGGCCAGUGUGUGCUGAGCUACAGCCCCUCCCGCUCGCCCAGCGCCAGCCCCAAAUUCUCUGGGGGCUGCCUGAGUGGCUACAGCCCCCAGCUGCAGGCCCUGGCAGGGGCCAGCCCCUCUCACAGCACCUCUGUCACUUACUCACCCAGCAGCAGCUACAGCAAGGUUUCCAGCUUCAGCCACUCUCCCAAUGGAUCUCCCUAUGCCAUGAGUGUGGGGCCUGUGGACAGCAGUGGGAUGAGGUCUCACUACAGAUUCUCCCCCAUUCGUUACAACAAUUCCACCUACAAAGAUGAGUGCAUCACUGAUGUCAAAUCCCUGGACUCCUUCCUGAGGAACGAGGAGGAGAAGCAGCACAGAGUUCAGCUAGGGAGCUCAGAUUCCAGCUCUCCCUCCAGCAGCCCAACUUUUUGGAACUACAGCCGCUCUAUGGCAGACCAUGCCCAGAUCCUGAGGAAAUUCCAAUACCAGCUGGCCUGCAGGUCCCAGGCUCCUUCUGCACACAAGGAUGAGGCUGACCUCAGCUCCAAACAGGCUGCAGAAGAGGUUUGGGCACGGGUGACAAUGAACAGGCAGCUUCUGGAUCACAUGGAUUCCUGGACAGCCAAAUUCAGGAAUUGGAUCAAUGACACCAUUCUGGUGCCACUUGUGGAGGAGAUGGAAUCUGUGAGCACUCAGCUGAGGAGGAUGGGCUGUCCUGAACUGCAGAUUGGAGAAGCCAGCAUCAGCAGCCUCAAACAGGCAGCCCUGGUGAAAGCUCCGCUCAUCCCCACCCUCAACGCCCUGGUGCAGUACCUGGAUCUCACCCCAAACCAGGAAUAUUUGGUGGAAAGGAUCAGAGAGCUUUCCCAGGGGGGCUGCAUGAGCUCCUUCCGCUGGAAUGGAGGAGGGGAUUUCAAGGGCAGGAAAUGGGACACAGACCUUCCCACCGACUCCUCCAUCCUGAUGCACGUGUUCUGCACUUACCUGGACUCCAGGCUCCCUCCUCACCCCAAAUAUCCUGAUGGCAAAACCUUCACUUCCCAGCACUUCAUCCAGACUCCAGAUAAACCAGACACUUCCAAUGAAAACGUGUUCUGCAUCUACCAGAGCAGCAUCAACCCACCCCACUACGAGCUGAUCUACGAGUGCCACGUCUACAGCCUGCCCAAGGGCAGGAACAACAUGUUCCACACCUUGCUGAUGUUCCUGUACAUCAUAAAGACAAAGGAAUCUGGGAUGUUGGGGCGUGUAAAUCUGGGUUUGUCAGGAGUCAACGUCCUGUGGAUCUUUGGGGAAUAAUGGGACACAGCUCUGGACAACAUGGAUUUCCACACAGCAGGAUCAUUAAACUCAGCUCUGGGGACACAAGGAGGAAGUGCCUGGGAUUAUUCCAGUCUGGAUUUUGUCAAGGCUUUUUACACAGAAUAUUUCACUGUGGGAAUGAACUCCAGGCAGGAAUUUUCUCUUUCCUGCUCCUCACCUCAACCAGUGCUGUUUAAACUGAGCUUUACUGAUCUCAGACUAAACUAAACCAAACCUCCUUUGAGCCUCCCCUGUGCUGUGCACAGCUGUGAGCACCUGGCAGGAUAAAACAACCUGCACAACUUCAGGGUCCAAGAAAUUCCAACUUUGGAAGCUCAGACUCGGUUUUGCUUCAUUUUAUUCUGCAUGAUAAAAACCAAUUAAUUUUCUCCCUGAUUAUUGGUGUAAUUGUGAUUUCUGACCCCUGCAGCUGAAAAGGAAGGACAAAACCAUGUUUGUCUUGCUGACUUCAGCAAAGAAGAAUAUUUAUGUUAUUUUCAAUUUUUAUUUUCAUUGUUUUGUACAAAACCAGUGUGGCCUCCCCUCUUAGGGUUUCCUUCACUGCCCCCACCUCUCACCUGCCUAAAUUGGGAUUUAAUUGUUCACUAAUCACCACCUAAUUUGGGAGCUUUAUGCACCUUGGUGGGAAUUCAGGCUGGACACACCCGCAGGUUUUUGGGAAUUUACCUUUUUAGGUAAAAGCACUUGGAUUUGCUUCAAAGAAAUGAUCAAUCAUUAUUUGUCAGAUUUCUCUGAGGGGUAGGGGAAGAAUUUGUUGUAAAUUCUGGUAAAGGAGUAUUUUAGAAGUGUAAAUAGAACCAUGAGCACAUGGAACCAUUGUACUGUAUUUUUUACUGAGGGGAGGGAAAGAGGGAUUUUUGGAAUUUUGGUGUGAACUGACUGGUUUU